CUGUUCCAGCUGUCUCCCCACUCACUCUCUCAGGGUCAUGCAGGCAGGAGUUUAAGGGACCACUUCUGUACGCCAACUCAGCCGGGACGACAGCAGUCAGCAGGACACACUGGCCAGAAAGAGACUGAGACUCAUCCGGAAAGACUCGUCUAUACCACUUGGCUGCUCGGCACAUCACAAGUCGGCUGCCUCUCUCAUCUUUAAAGCAGCUCUACCUGUCUUAUAGCUGUGUGUGUGUUUGUUUGUGUGUGUCUGUGUGUUUGUGUAUUUGUGUGCAUGUUUUACGUGUGUUCCUGUCCCAUCUCCCACCAAUUAGUGCAUUAGUAUGCAGGGUGUUUGUGUGUCAAUCUUGUGCGUGUGCAUAUGUGUGUCUGUGCUCCUCCGCAGUGCUAUUUCACAGCCACAUACAGAAAGUGACACCUACACGGAAUGCACAGAUGGGUAUCAAUGGGACCCUCAGACUGAGCACUGCAAAGACAUAAACGAGUGUGAGACUAUUCCAGAUGCCUGCAAGGGGGAAAUGAAGUGCUUCAACCACUAUGGAGGGUACCUGUGCCUUCCUCGCUCUGCGUCAGUCAUCCCGGCUCCAGAGGCCCCCAUCACGCCCACCGAGGCCUUUAACCCCUGCCCCCUGGGCUACGAGCCGCAGGGAGACAGCUGUGUGGAUGUCGAUGAAUGUGAGCGAGACGAACAUGACUGUCAGCCCAGCCAGGAUUGCGUUAACACACUGGGUGCCUUCAACUGUCAGUGUCCCGAUGGUUACCGCAAGGUUGGCACAGAGUGCAUUGACAUCGAUGAGUGCAGGUACAGGUACUGCCAACAUCGCUGUGUCAAUGUGCCCGGUUCCUUCUCUUGUCAGUGUGAACCCGGUUUUCAGCUGGCAGGAAAUAACCGAUCUUGCAUUGAUGUGAAUGAAUGUGAUAUGGGUGCUCCCUGUUCUCAGAGGUGUUAUAACACUUAUGGCACCUUCCUUUGUCGCUGUGACCCGGGUUAUGAGUUGGGGCCUGAUGGCUUUGUUUGUAACGACAUUGAUGAGUGCAGCUAUUCCAGUUACCUGUGCCAAUACCAGUGUGUCAACGAACCGGGAAAGUUCUCCUGUGUGUGCCCAGAAGGAUACCAGCUGCUAGGCACAAGACUAUGCCAGGAUAUAAAUGAAUGUGAAACAGGGGAGCACCAGUGUACUGAGACGCAGACAUGUGUGAAUAUCCACGGACGAUACCAGUGUGUGGACACCAACCGGUGCCAAGAGCCUUAUGUACAAGUGUCUGAGAACCGCUGUGUAUGUCCUGUCAACAAACCCGCCUGUAGAGAGCUACCUUUCUCCAUUGUCCACCGCUACAUGAGCAUCACCUCGGAGCGCUCUGUCCCCUCCGACAUCUUCCAGAUUCAGGCCACCAGCGUCUCACCAGGGGCUUACAACACCUUCCGCAUCCGCUCUGGUGACGAAAACGGAGACUUCUACAUCAGGCAAAUCAAUAAUAUCAGUGCCAUGCUGGUGCUGGCCCGUGCCGUGUCAGGGCCGAGGGAGUACACGUUGGACCUGGAGAUGGUGUCCGUAAACCCGCUGCUCACCUAUCAGGGCAGCUACCAGACCAGCUCUGCCCUCAGACUCUCCAUCUACGUUGGGCCAUACACCUUUUAAAGAAGGAGGAGAGGAAGAAGAGUGGAGGGACACAGAGAAAGAUGGAGAGAGAGAAACGCAGAUGCAAAACAAGUGGUCAAUGCAGUUCAACCAGUCACUGUGAUGUUACACUCGUAGCUUUUAGUCUUCCAAGACAAGUCACACAUUUCUUAAGUGUAAGAAUAUUCAUGCAGCACAGUAUACAGAUACACAGCUUUAAAAUAAUUAGUCGAGUCAAAUGUGUUCCCUUGUGUUUAAUCUGUCCAUUUUCACCAUUAUUUUUUCCACUUUACACAUAUCUGACAGCCUCAUUCUGUGGUCAAUGUGUAUAAAAAGGGAUUGUACUCAUUUGUUCAGGGUGAUAACAAAUCUGUGUGACAUGUUUUUUUUAUGUCUACCUUCAGAUGGAAUGAUUCACACCCAGCAUCACUUCAUUAAUCAGUUUUUUCUAAACCAAUUUUACACCCUUAUCUUUCGGUUCCUCUCUGUUUGUCACUUUAUUUUUGUCAGUCCCCGUUUCCUGUUGACAGACAUGAUUCAGUAACCACUCAGUUCAGACCUCAGCAUCCACACUCCUCCUUUACCCUCCGCUGUCCAUUCCUACGUUCCAGCUCUCCGUCACUGCCGUUUGUAGGUUCGUCACAUUGCUGAUCGUGUUGUACUUUGUAUUUUUUUUUGUCUAAGAUUUGAACCCAAA